AUGACGACAAUUAGACGCGCCGGUGUUACCACGAGAGUUGCAAAAACAUCCAACGGAGGAUCUGGAACUAUAGUAUAUUCUUCAGUGAGCCACAUCACAGAAGUUGCCUUCUUUCCUUUUGCAGCUGUAUAUCCGCCGUACGCCAUGUCUACCCAGAUUUGCCGGCUGUUGGAGGUCGUGGUGCGCUCCUCCUGCUGCCACACAGUGAGAAGUAGAUCUUGCUUGCGGAAAGCCACUCUGGCCCCUGUAGGCUGCUCUGGCCUCUGUGCCCCUGGGCUUACGGUCACCCAUAAAAGGGCUUACAGCCUUGACUCCUUGGGGCCCGGUCGGCCCCCACUUGGUCAGAGUUCUCAACAGCCCCGUCCAGAGCGGACAUCGCCUUCAUCAGCACUCGCACAAAGGAACCUUUCUGCCGCUGCCGUGCAGGGCCAGUUCCGUGCUCUAUGCCGAUACGACUACUUGGACCUUGGUGAGGUGGAGGAGAACGUACAACGUGCUCAGGCCUGUAAAAAAAUCCGACACUUCAUCGUGGAUCCAGACCUGGCUGGUGUGGUGGCCCAGCAUUUAGGACCCGAAAUACAGGAUCCUAAAACCAUUAUCUUUGAAUGUAACCCAGGCCCCGGGGUGUUAACGAGAACAUUACUAAAUGCUGGAGCCCAGAGAGUUGUGGCCCUUGAGGGCGACAGGUCUUUCCUCCACGAGCUGCAGGAGCUGGAGGGUCGUUUGGAUGGUCAGCUGGAGGUAGUUCACUGUGACUACUUCAGACUGGACCCCAUUGGCAGUGGGAACGUGAAACCGCCAACUAUGUUCACAGACAAACUCUUCACAGACCUGGGAAUAUCAGAAACUAGUUGGACUGAUGAUGUCCUGGUGAAGGUGGUGGGGAUCCUGCCCCAGCGUAAUGAGCGUGGAAUGCUGUUAAAGAUGGCUUACGCUCUGUUUGAGCGGCUGUCCGUCUACAGAUACGGAAGAGUAGAGCUAAACUUCUUCAUUAGUGAGAGGGAAUACAAGAAACUGGUGUCACAACCCGGCGAUAUGAUGUACUACAGAGCUUUCGGUGUCCUCUGGCAGAUGGCUUGUGAGAUCGAACUUCUGCACAAGGUCCAAUAUCUUAGUGAGCCUUGGGAGUCAUUUGUGGUGUCCUCAAAACAGAGUGCACCGUCCUCCAGGGGAAAGCUGCCAAACGACCACCUGUGCCUGGUGCGCCUGCGUCCACGGGCUGACCUUUUCUCAGCGGGCCUCACACCCUCCAAUGCCUCAACUCUGCUGAUGAUGGUCAAACAGUGUUUGGCAAAGAGGAAGGUCAAACUCAUCGACAGGCUUAAUCUCUGGUCACCUGAUAGCGGUAGUAAGCUGUUGUCAGAGAUGGGCUUACCAGAAGAUGUACUGACGGGCCACGUUUACCCCGAUGAGUAUCUUCGACUGUUCCAGCUGAUGGACAAGAGCCAGGAGUUCACGCAAAGCUGGCUUUAUGAAGAGAUCCUGGAAAACACACAGAGGGAGGGCUGGGGCUAAACUAUGGACAGGAAAAGGUCAAAUAUAUGGAUUUAUUAAACUAAAACACAGGAAACGCAUACAAAUAAAGCAAUUAUAAGCCUGUGUUUAAUAUAAAGGAGAAUAACAUAAUCGGGUGUCACGAGACAGCCAAAGAAACAAAUUAAUUAUUCAAUAAAUUCUGUUUUUUUUUUGUUUUUUUUUAAUGGAAUGAUUUAUGUUGCAAACACUUUGGGACAGAGAGUGAAGUGUCUGAAAUGAUUAAGAUUUCAGAUAAAACCUCACAAGGUUCAUUUUGACUUCUCGCACAAAUAAAUGUAAAAUACAUUUUUCAUCUUAAACUGGUUGCAGUUUGGACGCAGAAAAAAGAAAUCUCUAUACACCUGACGGAGACAUCUGUAGCAGUAUAUUGUAACGGCACGUAACUUGUGUGAAGUUACUUAAAAUAUCAAUGCCAGAAGAAUUGCUGUGCUUGCAUAGUACAUCAAGCUUUGCAUAUGUUUAUAUAUGAAUUGUAAUGAGACCGUAGGGUUGUCUAAAUAUGUGAAGUAUCUGACCUUAUUGAAUAUGUGAACAGAUUAUUUUUUAUCUACAAGCAGAUCAAUAAGUGUGACGGGAAAAAGUUAAUUUACCGUCCAUUUUAAUAGGCGCUUGUGCUGACAGGACUUAUAUGAUGAGAGUGGUAAAUGAGCGCCUUGCCUCUGGGGUCACAGGUCAAUUGGAGCAUCUGUGUUUGAAAUGAUAUGUCUGUUUAUCAUGAAAACAUCUGUAAUGCAAAAAAAUUGGACAGUGAAAUGGGUUAUUAAAUUAUUUUACAUUCAAACAUUUUUGUCCCUUUUGUUAAU